AUGUAUCUCAAUGCCUUCCUCCUAGCGCUGGCCUCCACAGCCAUCGCAAAACCAGCCCCAGCCCCAGCCCGUCUCUGGGCUACACACUAUAACGGCAAUGUUUACACACUGGAACUAAACAACAAUGACCUCACUCUCAAACAAACCCUCAAGACCUGCGGCGCAAUGCCCAGCUGGCUAACCCUCGACCCAAAAUCCCGUACCGUCUACUGCUCCAACGAGGACGGCACGACAGAUGCAUCGACACACGGCUCCCUAACAGCCCUGCACGUCGCAGGCAACGGCCAACUACACGAAGGCGCAGUUGUCGAGACCAUCGGCGGCGGCGUAAACAGCGUGAUAUACGAAGCGGAUAAGGGGAAGUUCCUCGCGAUCGCGCACUACGAGGGCGCCGCGGUCUCAACAUUCGAACUCCCAAUCAAGAAAGACCAAACUGCCCUACAAUCCUUCCACUUCAACCUCACGCACCCAGGCAAAGUAGCGCAGCAAGAUACACCACACCCACACGAAGUCUUCAUCGACCCAACAGGAUCAUUCCUCCUAAGCCCAGACCUAGGCGCCGACCUACUGCGCAUCUGGUCAAUUGACGGGAGCUCAGGAAAAUUAGAAGAAUGCCCCAGCAAGAACGUGACAUUCGGCAGCGGACCCCGACAUGGAAUUUUCUGGACUGAUGGGACGAGUCCCGGUGCCAGUACUCAUCAGCGCAAGCUUGCUUCUGUCGGUAAGACGAUGCUGUAUCUUGUGAAUGAGAUCGGGGGUACGAUGAUGGUAUACGAUGUUUCGUAUUCGCGAUCUGGAUGUUUGUCGCUUGAGAAGAAGCAGACGAUUGUGCCUUAUCCGAAGGGUGUUAUGCCUAAGGGAGCGACGCCUGCUGGUAUUAAGCGUGUUGGAGAUGCGAUUUAUGUAUCGAUUCGGACGGAUCAGGGGUUUAAGCCUGAUGAUUCGAUGGUUGUGCUUGAUCGGGGCGAGGAUGGGUUGGUUACGGUUCGUAACGCGACUUCUGCGUAUGGAAAGGUGCCUAGGACGUUUGUGAUUAAUCGUGCUGGAAAUCUGGUUGCGAUUGGGAAUCAGGCUUCGGCGACUGUGGCGAUUGUGCGUCGGGAUGUCAAGACUGGGAAUCUUGGAGAGGAGGUUGCGAUUUUACAAGUUGGGGAGACUGGGACUGUUGGGUCUGCCGAGGGGUUGAGCAGUGUCAUCUGGGAUGAGUAG